AUGUCCCACUCAGGCGAAAGAAAUCUCGACAAGCUCAUUGAAUCGAUGAAUCCAACCCUAGACGACGAAGUUUUCGUAUUCUCAAAGCUUCCCUUGGAUUCGAAUCAAGCCCUGGACUUCAUUCUCAAGAUAUCCGAUUUAGGCGUGAAGAUGUUGUUCAGAGAGAAGGAAGCCUGGACCCUCAUACUUCCAAAGUCAAUGGCAACUGCCGAGAAGCUCGACUACAUGUUCGAGUGUCGACAGAUCACUCUGAACGUCCACUCUAGUCUGGAUGCUGUGGGGUUUUUGGCCGCCAUCACGACAGAGUUGGCGUCGAAAUUGGGCAUAGGUGUCAAUCCAGUGAGCGGAUUUUAUCACGAUCAUCUCUUCGUGCCUACAGGCACUGAGGAGCAAGUCGUCGAAGCUCUACGACACAUGUCAGCUGCCAGAGGUCAGCGUGAUUCGUAG